UGUAAAUUUGAACCAAUCACAGGCCUCCUUGUUUUUACGUACCGGCAGAAUUUCGAACGGAAGACGAUUUAUAUAACAGUUAACAGAACUACACAAACGGCUUUGUGUAAGUGUAUAUGUUAUGGCCGGGGCUGUCUGCCAUAAGGUGAAAGAUAUCUUGACAACGGUGAACGAAAGACAACGAUAUGUUCGAAAGGACAUUCUCGGGGGCUCUCGGCCCAUAUUUUUCCCAAAUAAAAGAAAUUGCGGCUGGUGGAAAUGGACGAGUGAUCUCGGCAAUAGACACACGAUACGGCUUCGCUGUGUGUAUGAAAAAAAUACCAGUUUCUAACAAGGAUGAAUGUCGAUCGGCUUUAAGAGAAGUACGUAUACGAAGGCGCUUAAAACAUGAAAACAUUGUCGGUCUUUUAAACGCUAUCGUUGAUGAUGGUACCGAUGUUUGCGAAAUCAAUUCAGCGAAUUUCAGAGAUACUACUUUCAUUUACUUCGUCCAAGAACUACUAGAUGCUGAUUUAAGACAAGUUAUCGAAAGCAAUCCUCGGCUUUCCCCUGAUUACGUGAAACUGAUCUUUUAUCAGUUGUUAAGAGGACUGAAAUACAUUCACAGCGCGAAUGUGCUGCAUCGCGAUUUGAAACCGUCGAAUGUUAUGAUCAACGUUAAUUCAUUGCAAAUAAAGAUCGGUGAUUUCGGACAUUCAUUAGUUUUUGAUCCGGAAUACGUCCAUGGUAAUAAAAGCACUGCAUCCGACACAAGUCAGUGGUAUAAGGCACCAGAAUUAAUCCUUGGUGCAGGACAAUACAGUCGUGCUAGUGAUAUUUGGGCUGCUGGAUGUAUUUUUGCAGAAAUGAUGUUGGGUCGACCUUUGUUCGAAGCUGAAUGUGAAUUGGAUCAGUUGGAGUUGAUUAUCCAUGCUAUUCAAGUCACGCCCGAUGAAGAAUCUCUUGUAAGAUCGUUUUUAACGAAAGAAGUCAAUGCAAUGUAUACCGGAGAACCAAAAUUUCCUUUGAAAUCAAAGUUUUCUAACGUUGAUUGUCAAGCAAUUCACCUGCUUCAAAAACUGUUGUCUUUCAACCCCUCAGACCGCGUUUCUACCGAACUGGCGUUGAGCCAUCCAUUCUUGGCAGAUUACGCAUGCCCCGCAGACGAACCCGUUUGUUUGAAGCCCCUUCAUCUUGAACACGAGGUCGAUGAUUUUCUCGAGUGCACUUUGAAGGAUCUAAUAGUGGCUGAAUGCGUUGCAUUUUCAGAAGAACAACCCGUGAUACGUCAUGUUAUUUCCACUUGUUCAAGUAUCAAUGAACUUAAAGAAGAGAAUGUUAGUCCAGUUGAAAGUGGACCAUCGUCAACUCUAGGAUCUAUGUGUGAUUCCAAACCUAAUUGUGUUGACGCAUUUCAGGAGACCUGUGAUGAAAGCAAGGAUUGUCGUUUCAAAGUCCUUGAAGUGUUAAGAGAAGAACAUGGUUCAUCCAGUGACAGCAAUGGUAUUGCCACUCAUGAAGAAGGCGUCAGCGAGGCACCGUUAGUUCUCGAUCAUCGAAUGUUUAGUAGCUCAAAAUGGGAGAAAGAACGACACAAGUCAGUUCAUCGUCGUCACCAUCAUCACAGACGAAAGAAGAAACAUCAUCUUAAAAGUCCCACGGUUGAAACGGAUACAUGUACGCUGAAAAAUAUUCACGAAUUUGAAAUAUGCAAGGAGAACAACGUUAAUGAUUCCGUUCCAUGCAUUUCUGAAGGAGGGAAUCCGUUAUCAUCAAGUGAGACGCAUAAUGAUACUGUACAUGCAAAUGUGGAUGGUGAAAGUAAUAAAAUUCAAGAUCCUACUCUUGCAGCGUUCCAGGUGAUAACUGCGAAUAGCCUACCAUCCAUUACAGACGUAUGCUGUAACAGCUUGUCUCCUUGGUCAUCUAUCAACUGUGCUAGCUGCACUCUUUCUUCUGAGCAAAAACUUUACCACGAAUGUGCACAUCACUCCGUUAACGACGAAAGAGAUGUUGUAUCUGAGGUGACACAUGAUCAAGUCAGAGAAAAUGAAAACGAGUCUAAAGUUGCAACGACACCUUCUCCCUCUUUUGACGAUCUUGGUGUAGCUGAUGUGAUACAGCGAUCUCAGGAACUUUUAGGUGAUUUUUGUGUAUGUAAUAGUACAUCUGAGAAGGAUGCUGCUUCAAAUAGAAAAUUACUACGGCAUUUUGAUAAAAAUGGUGCUGAACAUUUAAUAAAAGAAUCUGAAGAAUUACUUAACUACGGUAUUAAAAAUGAAUGUAGACAUGAACAAUCCAAUGAUCGUUUUGAUGUUACCAAUGGUUCCUUGAAAUCUGAGGAAAUUUCAUUCACCCAAAUCUCUCAAUAUCCCGUCUUUACGAAGACUUUGACUGUAUCUUGUGAUUCAAGUUUAUGUUCGAAUGUGAUUGGUGAACACCAUGACAGAGAAGUUGACCAAGGCAGUGAUUAUACCACUAGUGUUAUGCAUCUUAAAGAUACAGACAGAAGAUUACAACAGCUGUUUCAAGAGUCGCAUGAUAUGUUGGAAGGCCGUAAAGAAGGUCUUGUCUCCGAAAACCUUGCUAAAGAUGAAGCGAAAGCUAGAAAGGCUGAGCAAGACAUCGAUUUCGAUGAAAUGAAAAUCGUUCACUAUCAAGCAAAACGUUUAUUAGAACAAGCCAACAAGUCAACUGGAUCUAACCAGGAGGAUUUUUGUGAGAGAAAUAAGAAAGAUUUGGAUAUAGAAAGCGUUAAUGCAACGAUAGAUAGAGAUAUUGCUGGACGAGAGGCACAAACUCACAAAGAAGUUGUCGUUGUUACUUCUUUAAAGGAUUUGCCAAAUCCUUAUUCAUCUCUUCUAAAUCAACCUUCAUUUCUUAAUCUUUCGUGUGGAUCCUUUCAUAAGACAUUAGAGUUUCAGAAUAGCAAGACUAAGGAUAAUGAUGUUGUUGAUGUAUGUGUUGAACGACUAAUGGAUAAGAACGAUGCAAUUUUCAAUCGCGGUUUGGAUAGAAACACAGAAUGCCUAAAUGGUCGUUCUUUUAUCUCAUGUCUGGAUGGCAUGUCUAGCAAUUACUCAAAAGAGCUUAGGAGCAUUAAAGAUGGAACACUUCUAGCCAGCAACGUUUAUAAGAAACUGUUCGAUCAUCAGAGUGGUAUUAUGUGUGACAAGAAUGCUAAGAAAAACACGAGAGCGCAGCAUUUUUAUGAUAAUCUGAAGUUCAAGGCGAUCAUUCAUCAUAGAACUCACAGAGAAAAGCGUUAUGACACUUAUCCAUUUUAAAAGAUGUGAAACGUUUCUUUACGCAACGAUCUUGUGCGAGACUUAACGGUGAAAUUAAAUCAUUUUAAAAACGUCUCUUCGAAGAGGCUUUAAAAAAUGCUCGGUUUUUCAUUAAUAUCUUUCAUUAUUGCGAUUUGUUUUCUUGUAUCAAUUUGAACAUGUUUUAAUGUUUGCUAUAUCUUGAACUUUUCACCAAAGUCUAUGGUCUUGUUGCGUAAAGUAAUGUUAUAAAAUAACUUCUAGGGCCUGCACGUAUGGACACAAUUUUAGGGAACUUUUCUUAUAUUAUUUAUUUAUUUCCUAUUUCGACCAUUCAAAGUACAUCUCAUGUGGAAAUGCAAGAGUGGUUCCAUCACAAAUUUUAAUUUAUUAUAAUAUAUUAAAAAGAGCUACGAUCAA